AUGAACGGUGCCCCACUGAAGGUAUCAGAGCCUGUCGUCUCUUUCCGCGAAACAGUGACAGAUGUGUCGUCUAUCCAGUGUCUGUCCAAGUCUGCCAACAAACAUAACCGUUUGUUCUGCCGCGGUGCCCCACUGACGGAGGAGCUUUGCAUUGAGAUGGAAGAUGGCCUGAACGCUGGUCCUGAGAGCGACCCGAAGACACGUGCCCGCUUCCUUGCGGACAAUUUUGAGUGGGACGUUGCUGAGGCGCGUAAGAUCUGGUGCUAUGGCCCUGAUAACCGCGGUCCCAACGUUGUUGUGGACGUGACGAAGGGUGUGCAAAACAUGAUGGAAAUGAAGGACUCAUUCGUUGCGGCGUGGCAAUGGGCGACACGCGAGGGUGUUCUGUGUGAUGAGAACAUGCGUGGUGUGCGUAUCAACGUGGAGGACGUGACGAUGCACGCGGACGCUAUCCACCGUGGUGGUGGUCAGAUCAUCCCUACCGCCCGCCGUGUGUACUAUGCGUGCUGCCUUACUGCUUCACCCCGUCUCAUGGAGCCUAUGUUCCAGGUCGACAUCCAAACUGUGGAGCACGCGAUGGGAGGCAUCUACGGUGUGCUGACACGCCGCCGUGGUGUGAUCAUCGGCGAGGAGAACCGCCCCGGUACACCCAUCUACAACGUCAGGGCUUACCUUCCCGUUGCGGAGUCAUUCGGUUUCACCGCCGAUCUGCGUGCCGGCACUGGUGGUCAGGCGUUCCCGCAGUGCGUGUUUGACCACUGGCAGCAGUACCCUGGUGACCCACUGGAGCCGAAGUCGCAGGCCAACACAUUGACCCUGAACGUGCGCCAGCGCAAGGGUCUGAAGCCCGAUAUUCCAGGCCUGGACACCUUCCUUGACAAGUUGUAG